AUGGCCUCGGUGUGUGCUCUGAAAGGUCUGUGCACGGUGUCGUCCCUGCAGUUUUUACAAAGGCGCUUUGAAAGAAGAGGUGACGCCUACCGAGCGAGAGGGGGCACCAGACUCCAGGUUCACGGACUGCACACCCCGGAGCUAUUUGUUCAGCCCGGGCAAGAAUUUCCAAAGCCACGUCUCCCACGGUGGGCCCGCGGGUCUGUGCGGCUCAGCGAGGUUCCAGGCAGGAAACGGGGGGCCAACUUUCCCGUCGCACAGACCUUCCCGCUGUCCUCGAGCAGCUCCCUCAGGGUCCCCCCUUACACGUCUGCCGAAGGGGACAGUGAGCUGUGCCAGGGCCGGUUGUGCCAUUUGUCUCAGUCCUUUUGUCUGAGCGGCUGCGGCUGCCGGAUUGCUAACUUGGAGCCCUUCUUCAGGGUGUGGGAGCCUCUGACGCUUCGGUGUCCGGCCGGGGGCUUGGGCAGCGCGGGGCCCGCGGGAAGAGCACCUGCGCGCCGUCGCCCGCACCCACGGCCGGGUCCCCGCCUUCUUUCCUCGUCUCCACCGAACCUCUCUGGCUCUGCCCGCCCAGUUUCCAAAGGGAAAGGGCCGAGGUCUACAGCCGGUGGGACAGUUUUCCCGAAGGACGGUUCGGGCUUUUAUCCAUCUGCUGGUUUGAUAGUAAAUCAGAGUGGAAGCAUCAGCGGAGUCGAAGCUGACAUUCUCUCCCUGACUCCGCAUCGGACUGUGGUGUGCCCGGAUUGUGAUCUGGCCAAGCUCACUAGAGCUUGUGUGAGGUGGGUCGGCUUGUGUGCAGCUAGAGGGCAAGCUUUGUCUGCUGCGGUGCUCAGUUCCUCAGCUGUAGGCCCUGAUGCUUUCAAUUGGCCUACUCAGCCUGACGGGAUUUCCAGAAAAAUCUCAGCCAAAGAAUUGUAA